AUGGGCGCCUGGGGCCUGCCUCAGCCCGGGAUGGAGGAGGGGGCGCGACAGGAGGGAGGGCCUGGCCCCGCCGGGUUGGCUCAGUGGAUGGAGCCCUGGCCUGUGCCCGUGACCAGAAUCGCACCCGGGACCCUUUGGUCUGCAGGCCCAUGCUCUCUCCCUGAGCCUGAGCCUCGCCCGUCGGGGCGAGCGUGUGGCUGGGCCCCAGGGAGCUAAGGGAGGCGCAGCGACGGCGGAUCAGCCCGUGAAGGGGACCUGCCGCAACCUGGUUGGGGCCCAGGGCGGCCGCAUGGAGACCAUGGGAGGGGGUGUGGGGGACUCGAACCCGGGACCCUUCAGUCCGGAGGCCGACGCUCUAGCCACCGAGCCACGGCCCCGGGCGCGCAGUGGAGGGUUUUGAGAAGGGUUUCCUGGCGUCGCUGCUGCACGGAGACGGCAACCCCCUCGCCUGACCCCGUGCACUGGUCUCCCCACAGGUGUUCUCCGCCGAGGGCCUGCUGAGGCCCGGAGACAGCACCCCCUCGAGCGUCUCUCUCCCGUUCACAUUCUGCAGCCAAGCCUGCUGGGCCCUGAAGUGCGCCAACAGGGUGACCGUGAUGUUCCGGAGAGGGUCCUGCAGGAGGACAGGGUUCAGCACCUUCGACCUGGCAGAGAAAAGCUCUGGGGGCAGCACAGUCAUGAAAGCCCGUCAGAUCGCGGCCUUCAUGCUGCCGGACGAGAUGGAGGACCCGCUCCGGAUGGGGGUCCCGGACAGAGAAACGAUCGUCUUUGAGAGCGGGCCAUACCUGUUCCUCUACUCCAUCUACGGCCACCUGGUGCAUCGAUUCAGCCACCACCAGAACACCAUCUGCUCCUUAUGGGUGGACUCGCUCCACGUCCUCACCACGUCCAUGGACAACUACCUGCACCUGUACAUGUGGGAGGAGGGAGGCCGCGACCCAGGCCUCCUGAGCUGCUGCCACCUGGAGCAAAGGCGGGCCGACCCCAGGCCCAGUUGCUACUACUCCCGGGCCAUCUGCGACAGCGCCAGCAUCGUGUGUGUGGUGUCCAAGACCCUCGAGGCCAGCGUCCUGGUGAUGUAUUCUUUGGACCCGUGAUAGGGCGACCAGUGCGGUCCAGCUGGCAUCGGCUUCCUCGCUGUAGUAAAGAGAGUUCUAUUUGCAAACCCAGAAUGAUUCGUUAGUGAUAGUGGACACAACAGCAGUAACUUACCGAU